AUGGUCAUAUGCUCCUCAAACAGAAAGUCCGGGACCCCAAAAGUUUGGCCCAAGGUUCAACAAGAAACAUGGGUUCAAUUCGACCAGAUAAACCAUACGUUGGUCAACCUGGAGGGACUCGCAGACAACUCCCUGCUGUUAACCGUCAGUUUCGAUUCCCCAAAGUCUAGGAUGAAAGGAACUGGUCCUGGCUCUGGCCCUGACUCCGGCUUGGAUUGGUGUUCUGCAGAUGACCUGGAAUACUUCAGCACAAAGCUCAGGAUCCGUCACCAGACAUACGGUUGGGACCAAGGUGCCCAGAGCAACGGAGGCCCACUCUACGAAUACCUCACCAAGGGUCUGGACGGCGAACAAAUCCUCCAACUGCGCCUACCCAGUGAUCGUAUUGAAGGCUGGCAGACCGUCUCCCUGAUUCUUCUCACCUAUCGCAAAAUCAACCCAGCAAUAUGGCACCGGGUGAGGUCCAGAUUGCAUAAUUCUGAGGUCGCAGGUUUAGAUUGGUCUAAAAUUGAGGAUGAACUGGGGUCGAAGCACGUGUGGGCGUUCGCGAAUGUGAAGGCUCCGGCAAGGACACCCCGUUUAGAUGGAUCUGACGCGGAAACGAACGUUUCAAACCUGGCGGCUCGCUUUGGCCUGGAGGACAAGCCCACAGCUAGAGGAUUCGCCGCGGCGGAUAUUUCCAAGGCUCCGGGUCGGAAGCACAAGGAUUUGGAUUCGAGUGAUUUGGGGUUCAAAAGUCUCUAA